AUGUCGGGUGAUCUCACUUUUGGGGUUCUGGUUCGGAAGCAGUUUACUGCCUCCAAGUUGCUGUUCCACCUCCUCUUCUGGACUUUCCAUUGGGGCAUUUUCGCCUAUGGCUGGUGGAAGCAGGCUAUGGACGCGAGACUCGCGGGUCUGAACACUCUGCAGUUCUCCGUCUGGAUUUCAAGAGGUGCCGGUUUGGUUCUAAGCGUCGACGCAAUGCUCAUCCUGCUCCCGGUCUGCCGAACCAUCAUGCGGUGGAUCCGACCCAAGCUCCGCUUCGUGCCCCUCGACGAGAACCUUUGGCUUCACAGACAGCUUGCGUACUCGUUGCUCAUGUUCACCAUCUUGCACACGUCUGCCCAUUACAUCAACUUCUUCAACGUCGAGGUGACCCAGAUUCGACCUGUCACGGCCAUCCAGAUCCACUACACCCAGGCCGGUGGUAUCACUGGUCACGUCAUGCUGCUGUGCAUGCUUCUGAUGUACACCACCGCCCACGCCCGCAUCCGUCAGCAGUCGUUUGAAACCUUCUGGUACACUCACCACCUCUUCAUCCCCUUCUUCUUGGGACUUUACACCCACACCACCGGCUGCUUUGUGCGUGACACUGCCCUCCCGUUCUCUCCGUUCGCCGGAAAGGACUACUGGGACCACUGCAUUGGUUACCUCGGCUGGAGAUGGGAGCUCUGGACGGGUGCUUUCUACCUCAUCGAACGUACCUACCGUGAGGUUCGUGCCCGUCGUCUCACCAAGAUCACCCGUGUUGUUCGCCACCCCUACGAUGUCGUUGAGCUUCAGUUCAACAAGCCCUCAUUCAAGUACAAGGCCGGCCAGUGGCUCUUCCUUCAGGUUCCCACUGUCUCAAACUACCAGUGGCACCCGUUUACCAUCACCUCUUGCCCGUUCGACCCCUACGUCUCUGUCCACGUCCGCCAGGUUGGUGACUUCACCCGGGCUCUUGGUGACGCUGUUGGUGCCGGAUCUGCCCAGGCCAAGCUCUACGACGGUGUCGACCCUAUGGGCAUGUACGAGGUUGCUCUCCAGAAUGGUCAACAAAUGCCCGAUCUCCGCAUUGACGGACCCUACGGAGCGCCCGCUGAGGAUGUCUUUGAGAACGAAAUCGCCGUGCUGAUUGGUACUGGUAUUGGUGUCACUCCUUGGGCCUCGAUCCUCAAGAACAUCUGGCAUUUGCGCAACAGCCCGAACCCGCCUACCCGCCUCCGUCGUGUCGAGUUCAUCUGGGUCUGCAAGGACACGGGUUCUUUUGAAUGGUUCCAGACCCUGCUUUCCUCCCUCGAGGAGCAGUCUAACGAGGCUGCCCGCGUCCCUGGCAGCUCCGGUGUCGAGUUCUUAAAGAUCCAUACAUACCUAACCCAGAAACUGGACAUGGAUACGACACAGAACAUUGUGCUCAACUCUGUCGGCGCCGAAGUCGACCCCCUUACCGAGCUCAAGUCUCGCACGAACUUUGGCCGACCCAACUUCUCCAAGCUCUUCAGCACCAUGCGGGAUGGUAUUAUCGACAGAACAUACCUCAAUGGCUUGGAAGGUAGCAUGCGCACAACUGUCGGUGUUUACUUCUGCGGUCCUUCCGUUGCUGCUCGCGAUAUCCAGGCUGCUUGCAAGGACGCAACCGUCCGCGAGGUUAACUUCCGUUUCUGGAAGGAACAUUUCUAA